UUCACAAACACAAACUCACAAUAAGCUUCUUUCUUUAGCUCUCAAUAUCUCAAAUUUAUACUACUACUACUACUACUAGUAGCACUAAUGGUUUUGGGUUGGAGAAGAAGGAGCAGCACCGGCCACCGUGCCGCCGCUGCGAAAAAGCAGCCUCCACCUGGCAACCUCGACAUGGAUCAACUCGUGAUCCCAAAGCAUUUCCUCUGCCCAAUAUCUCUCGACUUGAUGAAGGAUCCGGUCACAUUGUCCUCAGGGAUAACUUAUGAUCGGCAGAGCAUUGACACUUGGCUCGAAGCCGGCAACUUCAAGUGCCCGGUGACCAAUCAGGUGCUGAGGAACUUUGAUAUGAUUCCCAGCCACACUCUCCGAAUAAUGAUUCAAGAUUGGAGCGCUCAAAACCAACGCUACGGCAUUCAGCGUGUCCCAACUCCUAGAAUUCCCAUCAUGGCAGUUGAGGUCUCUGAGAUUCUGUUUAGCAUCACAGCCUCAGCGAGACGCGUCGAUCAAAAUGGUUGCUUAGAGUGCGUGCAGAUAAUCAAGAAAUGGGCGGCUGAGGGCGACCGAAACAAGCGGUGCAUCGUGGAGAAUGGAGCGGCCUCUGUUCUUGCUUCUGCUUUUGAUGCUUUUGCAAGUGAUGGAAUAAAGAAAAAUGCUGGUGUGUGUGAAGAAAUUUUGUCAGCUCUGAGUUGGAUGAUGUUUCCAUCAUUAGAUGAAGAAACCCAAAAGUACUUGGGAUCUCAUGCUUCUUUGGAUUGCCUGGUUUGGUUCCUCAAGGUUGAUGGAGAUCUUUUGGUGAAGCAAAACUCAAUUCUAGCAUUGAAAGAGCUUCUUUCUAAUAGCAAUGAUCAGAACAAACAUGCGGUUGAAGCAUUGGCAGAGAUUGAAGGAGUCAAUAAGAUACUUUUCGGGUUCAUCAAGGAGAAAAGUUCCAUGACGAUUACCAAGUCUUCUUUAACAGUAGUCUUCUACUUGGUUUCAUUCAGUGAGAAGUUGAGAUCAGCAUUCUUGGAGAUGGGUUUGGUUUCCCUAUUGUUAGAGACCCUUCUCGACUCGGAAAAAGGCAUAACGGAGAGGGCUUUGUAUGUUUUGGAUUGUCUUUGUGAUUGCAAAGAAGGGAGGGAACAGGCCUAUGCUAAUGCGCUGACUAUUCCAGUUUUGGUGAAGAAGAUUUUGAGGGUGUCAGAAAUGGCGACUGAGUAUUCGAUCUCUGCUGUUUGGAAGCUGUGUAAGAAUGCAACUAGGCAAGAAGAGAGAGUACUUGUUGAGGCUCUUCAAGUUGGUGCAUUUCAGAAGCUCUUGCUGGUUUUACAGGUCCGUUGCGCCGGUGAAUAUGACACUAAGGACAAACUAACUGAGCUUUUGAAGCUGUUGAAUCCUUACAGAGCUGGAUUGGAAUGCAUCGAGUCUGUAGAUUUCAAGAGUAUUAAAAGGUCAUUCUGAGAUUAAACUUUUCAAACGAGGAAUUAUAUUCUUUCUACUAAUUGAUACUUCAUUUUAACUUCAUCAAUUUGAUGAACAUAUUCAUUGUAACUUCAUCAAUUUGAUAAACAUAUUCAUUGUUAGAAUAAUAGUUUGUUCUCCAGAGUUGUUGUACAAUACUGCAAUUAAGUGGAAUUGAGAGAUAACAUAUUCAUUACUAAAUGU